GAAUAUGAUGGUUGUGAGGGAACAGACACCGUCGGAUGCGCUUACAAUAGUCCCGAUUCAGGUUUUUGUGCCGGCAUCCCAAACAACCACUGAGACAGAUUUUGAACUAACCCCUAUGCUACAGAUUGAAGAGACUACAGAAACCACUCUUGAAACCCCCAAACAACUUCAAGAAACCACACCCACGCUUCCCCCAGCUCCAACUAAAAUUCAUCCAGCCGCAGAAGACGCUGCUGCCCUGUUGAUGAUGACACGGACAGCAACCUAUGUUCCUAAAACAGAUCCAGGGGUGCCAUCAUUCAGCCUUGGAUUGACUGAUUCAAGCCAGGAGGGGGCAUCAACGCAGGAGACAGAAAGGGCAAAAUCUCCUGAAGCUGCAAAUUUGCUAGAACAAUUAGGCGAUUUGGUCCAAAAAAUAGCAAGCAGUGCGGCGAAGGGAAAAAACAAAAGUCCACAAAUUCAGAGGGAGACUGGGGGAGAAAGUUCUGCGAAGUUUGAAACUCCUGGGGCAAUAAAUCAGAUUACGGAUGAUAUGAAACAAAAGUGCUACAUCUAG